GAUUGAAUUCAAUCUUUUAAUGUGGUUUAGCCCAAGUAUCUUAUAGCUCAAUCCAAUGAUCCAAUUGUUCAUACUCAUCCUAAAUUCUAUCAUGGUAUCAAAGCAGGUUUUGGCCCACCUCGUUUGUCAAGCACGCCAUUUCCAUGCAUUCAUUCCUUCUUCAUACCAUACCCACACGUACAAAUAUAUAUAUAUAUACACAAAUAAUUUCCUCUUCAAAAAUUACUCAUUUUUAACUAAUUAUAAUUUCAUUUUCGUUAAUCAGUUUAAAUACCUUUCAUCAAUCAUCACCAACUCCAUGGCGGUUGUUGCUUUCAUAAUACUCUUGGCGGCGGCGGCGCCGGUCUCCGGCGACUUCAACGGCGAGAUUGAUAUAACGUGGGGAGGAGGGCGAGGAAGGGUUUCGGAAAACGGGCAGCUUCUAACGCUGUCCCUCGACAAGGGUUCCGGCUCCGGUUUCCGGUCGAGGAAUCAGUAUAUGUAUGGGAAGUUUGAUAUGAAGAUCAAACUCGUCCCCGGCAACUCCGCCGGCACCGUCACCACAUUCUACUUGUCUUCCCUAGGGUCAACACACGACGAGAUUGACUUUGAGUUUCUGGGGAACGCAAGUGGGGACCCAUAUGUCCUACACACCAACGUCUAUGCCCUAGGCAAGGGCGGCAAGGAACAACAGUUUUACCUAUGGUUUGACCCCACGAAGGACUUCCACACCUACUCCGUUCUUUGGAACCCCUUAAGCAUCAUAUUCUCAGUAGACGGGACACCGAUAAGACAGUUCAAAAACUUGGAAGCAAACGGGGUCUCAUAUCCGAGAAACCAAGCAAUGUGGGUAUAUGGGAGCCUAUGGGAUGCGGAAGAAUGGGCAACGAGAGGCGGGCUAGUGAAGACGGAUUGGAGCCAAGCCCCAUUCGUCGCCUCCUACAGGAACUACACUGCCCAAGCUUGUGUUUGGAGCAGUUCUUCUCCUUCUUCUUCCUCUUCUUGUUCCAAGAAUCCAGUGACGAACCCUUGGUUGGUUCAGUCGCUGGAUAGCGCCGGACAAGAGAGGGUCAAGUGGGUGCAGAAGAAUUACAUGAUUUACAACUAUUGUACCGAUGCCAAACGCUUCCCUCAGGGAUUCCCGCCCGAAUGCUCUCUAAACCCGUCUUGAUCAAUCUACUCAUUUUGAUUUACUCUUUAUUUUAUGUUUUUGUUUUUUCUUACGAGUAAUUUACUAUGUAUGCUUUCAUAUAUUCAUAUAAAAGGUGCAUGUAUAUGGUGUGGAUCAUACCCUUUGUAUAAAUUUCAUAUCAACUAUAUAUACCGCGCAUUUUAAAAUUUUUAUCCUAGGUAUAGUUGAGUUAAUAAAUUGGAAUGAUCUUC